AUGGGUAAUUGUUGUCCUAAGGGUGAUGCACAUUCAGAGAAAAGCUCAAUUGCCAACAUUCUAAAUGAGGAAGUUGAAUAGACAAAGCUAAAGGCUACCCAACCUAUGCAAUCCAGCCAAAACUUAGUUACAAGUAGCAAUGCAUUGACAGUACCAAAAUCAAAAGGGUAGAUAAAUAGGGAAGAUUUCGUAAAAAUUGAUAAACUAGGAUAUGUAUUAUAAAAUGGUAUCAUAGGGAGCAUUUGGAAUUGUGUAUAAAGUGAGAGAAAAAACGACAAAUAAAAUAUAUGCAAUGAAACAGAUAGAGAAAGAGAAGAUAUUCAAAAACAAGUUACAAAACAAUACAGUUUUAGAGAGAAAUGUUUUAAAGCAGAGCAAGCACCCUUUUAUUGUUCGAUUAAAAUAUGCAUUUCAAACAAAUUCCCAUAUUUAUUUUGUAAUGGAAUACAUAGCAGGUGGUGAAUUCUACAAGAUAUUGAGUCAAGUGAAAACAGGAUUGCCAGAAAAUGUAGUGAAAUUUGUGGCUGCAGAGGUAGUGUUGGCUCUUGAAUACUUAAAUACAAAAUUAAAAGUGAUAUAUAGAGAUUUAAAACCAGAAAACUUGUUGCUGACAACUACUGGACACGUAAAAUUGACAGAUUUUGGAUUAGCUACCAUGAGAAGGGAAAACGGAGAGAAAUCAUAUACUGUAAAUAAAUAAAUAUUAAAUCAUUGUAUAGGUUGCUGGAACUGCAGAAUAUCUUGCCCCAGAAAUCGUGAAUAAAUCAGGACAUUCGUAUGAAGUAGACAUUUGGACUUUGGGAAUAUUAAUUUAUGAGAUGAUUAACGGUUUCACUCCCUUUCGAGAUUCGAAUAAUGAUUUCAAAGUAAUCUCACAGAAAAUUAUUGAAAAUCAACCCAUAUAUCCAGAAAAGAUGUCUCCGCAAAGUGUGGAUCUAAUAAAAUAGAUCUUGUAAACCAAUCCAACUGAGAGGUUAGGAGUGAAGGUACAAAACCUAUAUUAAUAAUUAGGGAGAUGGAUAUGCUGAAUUAAAACGACACUCAUUUUUUAACGGUAUUAUAUGGGAUUAGAUGUCGAAUUUAAAAGUGACUUCACCUUUGAAGACCUUUGCUGAGAGAAAUACCCAGAAAAUGAAUUUGAUUAGUAAAUAACCUUAGAAUUUUCAAAACACUCCUUGUAAUCCCUAGAGUCCGAAGCUUAAAAUUGAUGGAAUCACUUUUGAUGGAGAAGGCGGUACCUUAUCUUCGCAUUUUUGAAAUUAUAAUUAAAUAAAUGACUUGAACAG